CUCAGAUCGGAUGUCCUUCUGGAUCUCUUCUCUAUCGCAGUCCUCCUUCAUCUAUAGUUCCUCUUCCUCUCCAUUGAGACUGCUCACAUUCUUAUUUUAUUCAUCCAACGUCUUCUUUCACAUCUUUCUCUUCUCUAUUUCCAUCGUCCCUUCUUAGUUCCCUCUGUUCUCUUCAGGGGAGACACCCUGGUUUAUGUCUCUGCAGUAAGCAGCAGCCAUCAAGGAUGGUGUUUACUGGUUGUGACUCCACCUCCUCUGGCUUGUAGCCAUUUUCGAACUAUGUCGCGUUCAUCUGCUGGCUUCGCGGACUUCUUCCCGACCGCUCCGUCUGUCCUUCAACAGAAACGCUUCAAGGCGAGUCAGGAGCGACAACGAGCGAAGCCAUUGCUUGAUAGUCAACAUAAUACCGGGCCUAUUUCAUUUCCUGCAGGGCCAGAGACUCCCGAACAUCCGCCGAAUGACAACAGCAAGAUCCAUAACCAAACUAUAGGAGCUCAAAGUGAAUCGAGUCAACCAGCUUCUGAGGCAUUUGGAACUGCGUCGACGAGUUCUAUAAAUACUGGCGUCUCGGGAGCCAGUCCCUCUCUUCACCAAACUGGCGCAGCAACGUCCAAUGGGUUGAUUUUUGAUUCCCUCACACCACUCACAAACGCCGAAUCUUCCCCUUUAUGCAAAGCGACGAGUCCCUUACGAACAAAGACAGCCGAUGAGUUUGUGGAAGAAAUUUCACAGAAAGCCAGUCUUGAAGACCAGAGAACCUCAGUAAUAUCCCUCCACACCCCUCCCACUCCACAGUCACAGACACGUCAAAUUGGCGAGACGGUCAGAGGAUGCAAGAUCGUGUAUGACCCAGACCUUGACAGGCGACCCUUGUCAAAGGAUAAGAGGAAAAAGCCACAGUAUACAAAUAUCGUGGCGAAUGUUCAAGACAUCAUCCCCUCUGAUCCUCGACAUGGUAUACCGAAUUAUUCACGGGGCGGCGGCUGUAAACAAAAAACGAAAUAUCGGCCAGCGCCCUACACGUUGAAAUCAUGGCCCUACGAUGCAGCAACCACCAUCGGCCCAGGGCCACCCACGCAGAUAGUGGUCACGGGGUUUGACCCUUUAACCCCCAUUGCUCAUAUCAGCACCCUGUUCUCCAGUUUUGGGGAAAUCGCAGAAAUUAACAACCGUACCGAUCCUAUCACUGGAAGAUUUCUUGGGAUAUGCUCCAUUAAAUACAAAGAUAGCCUGUCGUUUCGACAUGGAGGUCCUCUCCUUGCAAGCAGUGCUGCUAGGCGAGCUUAUUAUGAGUGUAGGAAGGAACACCGCAUUGGAACACGCAGAAUCAGGGUUGAGUUGGAUCGCGACAGUGUUGUGUCGGAGCGGAUGGUCUCGCGAGCUAUUGAAUCCCAAAGAACCGAACUACAACCUCGUCUUUCGGCCACCGAAGGAACGAAGAUCGAAUCUCAGACGAGAAAGAAUGAGCCUCCACCGACGGCUCCAAAAGGGCCAUCGGGUAGGUCUUCCUUGCGCAUUGUUCCUGCACCGCCUGAAGGACCAAGAGCAGCAUUAAAGCCUGCGCCACCAUCACUGGUCGAAGAGACUCCAAUCCUGAGCCAAAUCAAGCGCGAUCCCUACAUUUUUAUAGCCCACUGCUACGUGCCGGUACUCAGCACAACAGUGCCACACUUGAUGAAAAGACUCAAAUUGUUCAAAUGGAAAGAUAUUCGCUGUGACAAGACUGGAUAUUAUGUCAUCUUUGAGAAUUCCAGACGGGGCGAACAAGAGACAGAACGGUGCUACAAAAUGUGCCAUAUGGCACCGCUGUUUACCUAUAUUAUGAAUAUGGAAAGCCAGCCUUACGGGAACCCAAACUAUGAACGCAGUCCGAGUCCUCAGCGACUUAAAGCAGAGCAACUGGAAAAAUCCCAUAAGGAAAGGUUAAAAAAGGAAGCGGAGUUAGACCUUGAAGAAGAGAAAAAGCAAAGAGCAAUCAAUCUGGAUCCUUGCAGAGAGGUGUUAUCCAUCAUUAUCCGAGAGUUGAAGGAGAAGUUGCUCGAGGACGUCAAGUCACGCAUCGGUGCGCCAGCCUUGUAUGACUAUCUUGAGCCUGACCGGCAUGCAGCAAAGAGGAAGAAACUCGGCAUUCCUGAUCCGGAGGGUGUCAAGCGUCCUUCCUUCCGGAUCGACAUGGAUAGUCCGAUUGAGAUACCAGGCUCUCAAGCUAAUGGACGGCGGCCAUUUGGAACCUCCAACCUCAACGUGCUCACGCUUCCUCGCAUUCGGAAAGCUCAUGGGCUUGAUCGUGCGGAUGCUGCCUUCUUAGAUGAAAGGCGCCGGCAGCCCUUGCGGAGGAAAGAAGUCAGACCACUGUACCACCGUUUGCAACAGCUGCACGAGGUCGACGACUCCGACGAUGACCAGCGAACACCAUUCACUAGGGAUACUGAUGAACAGGACAGUAGAAAUCCAAGUCGGAUGAGUUUGAGUCCUUGUGAUUCUGAUAAUGAUGACGCAUUUGAUCCGGGGAUCCUGUCUGCAUCUGUUGUUGAGCGGAUGUCCGGCCGCAGUGGACCUGAUGAAACUGAAGUUGAAGUUAGCAAAUCUGAUCUUCAAGGAAGCCCGACCGCUGAACAGAUUCAACUCCACCUCCGAAAGCUCUCUCCUGCAUCUCUCAAGAGGAAAAGGAUAAACAAUGAACUUCAGUCCCGUAAGAGACGGAGGGAAGACGAUGAGCUUUUUGGCAUCGAUUCUGUGGAAGAGGCUGAGGAGCAGCAUUCAAGAAAGCUCUCAGUCACUUCUACAUCUGACCAUGCUAGUCUCGCGACAUUGGGACCUCCCCCAGGUCAUUAUCAAGGUUCCUUAGAGCAAGGACAAACGGAAGAGUUAAAGGGGAAGGUCAAACAGAUAGGUAUAGAAACUCCUGAGCACCAAAAAGAUUUCGCUCCGGAAACACCGUUCUUGGAGGACGUCAGCGACGGUAAAUACGAGGCAUCAAAAACAGAGGUUGAAUGGGGAAUCUCUAAUGACCGGCCCCGCCCGACGGUUGAGGACGAUGAUACAAUUGUAUUAGAUCUCGACGGUUGGCAGAAUCUCCUAAAGGAUGAAGAAGAUCUGCGUUUCCUCAGAGAUAUCUUACUCAGUCAGUCAAGGUCUGAUGUUGGAAAUCUUGCGGCGUGGGCAUGGAGACAAAAAGAAAUCAAGGCUCUCAAUCACCCUGGGAAUAGAGGACCUGUGCGUGAAGUGGUAAACAUCCAUGGUUACUAUGUACCUAAUUCAACUGGUGCCGCGCGGACAGAAGGUCGGAAAAGAAUACUUGAAGCAGAGAAAUCGAAGUAUCUGCCUCAUCGUAUCAAAGUUCAAAAGGCCCGCGAAGAACGAGAAGCCAGAGCAAAGAAUGAUCCACAUGCAGCAGCUACUGAAGCUUCAAGGAUCGCCACUGCUAGGACCAUCUCGAAAUCGACCUCUAGGUCAACACGCGUGAAUAAUCGACGGUUGAUCGCAGAUAUUAAUGCACAGAAGCAGGCUCUUCCCACUCAAAGUGGAGAAGGGGACGUUCUCCGAUUCAACCAGUUGAAAAAGCGAAAGAAGCCUGUGCGCUUUGCUCGAUCGGCGAUCCACAAUUGGGGCCUUUAUGCAGAAGAAAACAUAUCUGCAAACGACAUGAUAAUUGAAUAUGUCGGUGAGAAGGUGCGGCAACAGGUCGCGGAUAUGCGAGAAAGGAGGUAUUUAAAGAGCGGUAUUGGCAGCAGCUACCUCUUUAGAAUCGACGAGAACACGGUCAUAGAUGCUACCAAACGGGGAGGAAUUGCGAGGUUUAUCAACCACAGUUGUACGCCCAAUUGCACCGCGAAAAUCAUCAAGGUCGAUGGCAGCAAGCGGAUCGUUAUAUAUGCUUUGAGAGAUAUUGAAAGAGAUGAAGAACUCACAUACGACUACAAGUUUGAAAGGGAGUGGGAUAGCGAUGAUAGGAUUCCAUGCUUGUGCGGUUCAACCGGCUGUAAGGGGUUUCUCAAUUGA